AUGGGUAUCCUGGGACGCCACAAUCUCGACCCUGUCGCCGAGCCUAUCGCCUUAUUCGAACAAUAUAUCGCGAAGGAGCCGCAGACAAUAGUCCUGAAAGAAAAGGUGCUCUCCGUCUCUGGGGAUAGCUUCGAAAUCAAAUUGGCCGAUGGACAGCCAUUUCUGAAAGUGCAAGGAGCCUGGGUGUCGCUUUCUGGUCGCAAGAAGGUCGAGGACGCCCAUGGCAAGCACUUGUUUGAUAUUGUGAAGGAGCUUCUACAUAUCCGUUCGACCUAUGCAAUCGAAGACACCCACCGCAAGAAGAUUUGUGAGGUCAAGAGUGGUCUCACAUUGGUCGGUUCCAAGGCCACCGCCAGUUUCACUGAUAGUAAGGGCAAGGCAGUGGCUCUCAAAAUCAAAGGGGGCUGGUUCGAUCAUACUGCCGAUAUUGUCGACGACAAGAGCGGCCAAACAGUGGCUCGCAUUGACCGGAAACUGCUUAGCGGCCGCGAUCUUUUGUUUGGCCAGCAGACCUACGCCGUUGUUGUAGCACCUGGCGUUGAUGCAGCGCUGAUAGCUGCCUUGUGUAUUUGUUUUGAUGAAAAGAACAAUGAGGAACAGGGCAACUAA